AUGGUGCUGCUCUCGCGAACAGUGGAUAUUUUGCCACCGUUUUUACUUAGCGCUUCAAAGGAGAGAAUGCAGCGUUGUCUUUCGGCGCGAAUUGCUGCUAGUAAUGAUUUUAUUGCUCCUCUCCUGUACUGCUCCUCGAUCAUCGAUAAUAAUCAUGACAGUGAAAACAACCGUACUGAAUUGCCUUCUUGUUCCAGCUCUCGAGGACAACAAGCACCUGUAUUCUCGCCAAUAUUUGUAGCCAGUUCAUCAAUGAACAGCAGGCGUUGCGAAUACACCACCGAUGAUACACUUCUUUAG